CAGCUACGAACUUAAAGCUUCUUUCAAUCAAAAAACGGGUUUCGCUGCGUGCGGUUGGUGCCUCGCUCGAAAAACAAACUCAAAAAACAGUCAGUACUAAUUGGCAGACACUAUACUCGUUCCGCUAACUACAGCUGCUCCAGUGAUUAGCUGGCCUGGCCCACUAAUAAAAACAAAACAAAACGAAAGAGCCCCCAUUGCGCUCCAUUAAACAAAUGCUAAAAAUUGUGUUAUGCAAAGAAAAAGUGUGAAAUAAUUCGUAAUCAUAUGAAUUAUGGAAAUUGGCUAGAUAUUUUGAAAAAUUAUUUGAAAAUAUUUUUCCCCAAGUGUAGUGAUUGUGCUGAAAAAUCGUGAAACAACAUCGGCCAACGAUGUGGAUAAAUGUGACCAUUAAAACGAAAUUAAUUUUGAUCCCGGGGCGCAUACAAAUGGAGCAGUGAAUAAAAUAAAUAAAAUUUGGUUUAUGAUUUUCGAAAAGAUACUUCCAAGAUAAAGAGGCAUUUAUCCUUUGCCGAGGACUAACUGAAAAUAAAUUGAAUCUGGAGCACGUUCUCGGGCUUCGGACCACUGCACAUCCUUGCAUGCUCUCCACCAGCGGGGCACACAUCGGAUAAAGCAACACCGUAUAUAUCAGCCAAAUGUAUGCCGGGCGAGCGACACAAUUUGCCAAAACCAUCAGCAGCAUGGCGUGCAGCAUUCAGAAGCAGCCCACCCAACCCCCGGCGGCUAGUGCCGUGUCCGGAAACACAGCCGGGGGCGGGGGUGGGGGAAGCACUGGCAGUGGACCUGUGGCAACUGGAUCUGGCUCUAGUGGAGCCGGCACCGUACCAUCCACACCGAAAACCACCAAGAGCGCCCAGCCGAGGGGCUCCCUGCCCACGGAUGUGAACCAGCCACCGUUGGAAUUCCAAUGGCCUCCGCCAGUACCCGUUUCCAGUCACACCAGCAAUCUGCGCCUCAACAUGAUGAACCAGGAUCCCAAGGAUUUGCACACAGCCAGAGCCAUCAUCGAGGAGCUUCGUUCCAAGGUGCGAUUCCAAACGGAGCACAUCAUGAAGUGGAGGAAGGCUUAUGCCAUGCAGGUUCAGCAGCACUACCGCUACCAGAAGGAAAAGUCUGAUCAGAUGAACUCACUCACCUCCCAGCUCUUGCUGCUGGAAUCGCGCCUGAAGCGGAAACAGAAACAGAUCGCCAGCUUGCUCAAUCACCGGGAACUGACCAUCCAGCGACAGCAGAAGGUCAUCGACACCCUCUCCUCCCGCCUGGUGGAUCACGGCCUGGAGACGAUCGAGGCCAGCUACGCCAACGAGCUGGACUCUCUGAACGAUUCCGAUUCGGCGGUGGUGCUGGAGGAGAUCGACUCCGACGGACCGAUGACUCUGGGCACCCGGAGGAAGAGCAGCGGAGCAGGCGGCGGUAUGUUGGGCAGCGAUGGCAUCACCAUUGUACGCUCCAUUUCCGAUGCGAUCGAAACGAAUCUGAACAAGUACGGGGCGGCCAGGCGGAACAAUUGCUUUCUGCGACGUCCGGAUAUCCUGGAGACGGUAUACUCGGUAGAGGAGGAUCCGGAACCCACCUCGGACGUGGCCGAGAAGCGCGACAAGUUUAAGAACCGUUCGGACAAAGCGCUCAGCUCCAGUUCCACAGAGGGUCAGAUAGAUGCGCCCAGUCCCUCCGGCUCCUCCGCCGCCGUCGGUGCCGCAGAUAAAGCCAAAGAUUCGUCGCCCGUCGAGGGUGGCGUCGCCAUUCCUCGCCGCCAGCUCGGCGCCCUAAAACGAUCGCCCAGCCACGACGCGCCCUGCACCACUCUCAGCGUCAAGGUUCCCCAGUUGCAGCCACCAUCGCCACCGUCGCCCGUGGCCUCCGUUAUACAGGAGCAGCCGAAUGGGAAGACACAGGUAACCAAUUACAACCGCGUGAUGUCCAACCAUCGAUCGGUGACCAAGCCCAAGGACGUCAAGUAUAAACGCAUCAACAAGGCCAAGUCCAAGAGUCUCGAGGAGCUGAGGGGGCGUCUCAAGAACCUGGUAGAGCGGCCUCCUGGUCUCGAAGGGGGUUAUUCCGGUGGAAUGAUGCCACAGACGGCGCAGUCGUAUGCGUGACAUUGGCAGCAGCCAGAAAAUGACGUCAAGCCAACCGAUGGGGUACAGGAGGUGGGUCCGAAGGCCGAGGCUGGGCCGUCAUCGGGAAAGGACAGUUCGGAGCAACUGCAUCCUCCGCCACCGGCGGCAGAGACAGGCAGACACGGCUUCCCGAAAAGAUCGCUCACCUUGCCCCGGAUACUGGUGCCGCGCCAGUCCACGGCCGGAUUGGGCAGCUCCAGUGGCAACAACAGUGGGGGCGGUGCUAGCGGAGGGCGUGGCAGCUUCUAGCAAUUAAAGAAAUUUUUCAUACGCAAUUGUGAUAAAAAGUAAAACCAUUUCCUUCCUUGUAUUUGUAUGAUUCUCGAUUUGCACUGUUUGUUUCAGUUGCUUUAACAUGAUUCUCUUUUGUAACAUUUGUUUCCUCAGCUUAGUUUUCCAAACUUUGCAUUUACCCUAGAUUAUAGUUUUAUUUUUACGAACAGAACUGCAUUUUGAAUUAAUUUUACACUUAAUUUCACAAACAAAUAAAUCAUUUUACCACAAACUCA